UUUGGUAUGCACUUAUAGCAACACUUAGUCGUCGUUACCGUAAUAAAAUCGUGUACUAGUAUUAUCGAGAUCAUAGUCUAUUUAUUGUGAUGUGUAAUCAUGUCUCGAGUAAUAUUUAAUACAUCAAAUAGUCUACAGAGGUUCCAAUGGAUGUUUCAAAGAACCUAUUCACAAGAGAAGUUUCCAAAAAUUACAACUCAUUACACGGUUAUACCCAGGGAAUCAGAUUCAAGAUGGAAAGAUGUAAAUAUGGAGAGAUAUGUAGAUGAGACUGAUAUCUUAAUUGUGGGUGGUGGUCCAGCUGGAUUAUCUGCUGCAAUUCAAGCCCGUAAAUUAGCAGAGAAACAUGGAAAAGAAUUGAGAGUUACAGUUGUUGAAAAAGCUUCUACUAUUGGUGGUCACAUUCUUAGUGGAGCUUGUUUAGAUCCAAUAGCUUUAAAUGAAUUAUUUCCAAAUUGGAAGGAAUUAGGUGCACCAUUGAAUACUCCUGUUACAGAAGAUAAGUUUGCAUUUCUCACUGAAAAAGGCAGAUUAUCAUUACCCAUUGUAAAAGGAAUGCCAAUGUACAAUCAUGGAAAUUAUAUAGUUAGAUUAGGCCAUGUUGUAACCUGGCUUGGAGAGCAAGCUGAAGCUGUAGGAGUAGAAUUAUAUCCUGGAUAUGCUGCAGCAGAAGUACUUUAUCACAAGGAUGGGUCUGUUAAAGGAGUAGCUACAAAUGAUGUCGGUAUUGCUAAAGAUGGUUCACCGAAGGAUAAUUUUGAACGUGGAAUGGAACUGCAUGCAAAAUGUACAAUUUUUGCAGAAGGUUGUCAUGGUCAUCUUACAAAACAAGUUUCAAAGAAAUUAAAUCUUAGAAAAGACUGUGAACCACAGACUUAUGGUAUAGGGUUAAAAGAGAUUUGGGAAAUUGAUCCAAAGAAACAUAGACCUGGUGCUGUUGAACAUACUUUUGGCUGGCCAUUAAGAAAAGAUAAUUAUGGUGGUUCGUUUUUAUAUCAUCUUAAUGAAGAUACACCUCUUAUUGCUAUUGGUUUUGUUAUUGGUUUAGACUAUUCUAAUCCUUAUUUACAUCCAUUUAAGGAAUUUCAAAAAUUUAAGCAACACCCAAGUAUUAGGCCAGUACUUGAAGGAGGAAAGAGAAUUGCAUAUGGUGCAAGAGCAUUGGUGGAAGGAGGCUAUCAAUCUAUUCCUAAACUUCAAUUCCCUGGUGGUUGCCUUAUUGGUUGUACAGCAGGAUUUCUUAAUGUACCUAAAAUUAAAGGAACACAUAAUGCUAUGAAAAGUGGAAUGCUUGCAGCAGAAAGUGCAAUUGAAGCUAUAAUUGAUGCAGAAAAUAAUCCUUCACCAACAAAAGGUCUAGAACCAAAAACUUAUACUGAAAAAAUACAGAACAGUUGGAUUUAUAAAGAAUUGAAAGCUGUAAGAAAUAUGAGGCCAAGUUUUCAUUCAAGAUUUGGUGUUUAUGGUGGAAUAUUAUAUUCUGGAUUUUCAAUGUUAAUUGGUGGAAGGGAACCGUGGACUUUAUCUCAUGGAGGUCCAGAUUAUAAAAAGUUAAAAUCUGCAUCUGAAUGUACUCCAAUAGAAUAUCCAAAACCGGAUAAUGAAGUGUCCUUUGAUUUACUAUCUUCAGUGGCACUUACUGGUACAAAUCAUGAAGCUGAUCAACCUCCACAUCUUACCUUGGCUGAUGAUACCAUACCGGUAAGAAGAAAUUUAGCAAUAUUUGGUGGACCAGAAAGUCGAUUUUGUCCUGCUGGUGUAUACGAAUUUGUGCCACUAGAAUCUGGAGAGGGAGAGAGGUUGCAAAUCAAUGCUCAAAAUUGUAUUCAUUGCAAAACCUGUGACAUUAAGGACCCAAGUCAGAACAUUAAUUGGGUCGUACCAGAAGGUGGAGGUGGUCCAGCCUAUAAUGGAAUGUAAAGUAAACCUGGAUAAUUAAUAAUAUACAUUUUCUGAAAUUUUUAUAACACAA